UCCGCCGCUGCGCGAGAACUUUAAUAAUGAAGUAGACGGCGGAGCGCGAGAGCGUCCGAGCUAACGUUAGGGACGUCAAGAAAAAAACAACAAAAACAAAACGUGCGUCUAAAGGCGCGCGGGACCCGCGUGUGGUGCUAAAGGGGGUGCGUGUUUUGGCGCGGGUCGUUUGGAGCGUUCCGCUCCGGUGCGGACACGGGUAGUGCUGCCCGCCUCGCGCAACACCGUCCACGGGAGUUCUCAUGAACUUCUGGAGGACUCCCCCGCGAGCCACACUGACAGCGCGCGCACUUACUGUCGAGCCGUUUCCUGCGCUUCCCGAAGCUCGAGCGCAUGAAUAUUUUUGGAUGAGCAUGUCAACAGAGUGAAUGCGGCGACGCACACAGAACUUUCGGAUAGUUCGGGGAUCUCUCGCCACACAACUCAGUAUCUGGAUUAAAGGUAUAGAGAGGGGAAGUUGUCAACUCAUGGAGAAUACACAAGAGCUGAACGAGCAGGUGAAGAAACCUCUCUCAGAUGCUCAUGACCCCUCUGACACCAGAUCUUUGGAGAUGCAGGAAUUAACUACCCCUCAGCACGCAGUGACUAGUGUCAAUGACAGCAGCUCCAAACUGGACAAGACCCUCCUCAGUAACAGCAUCUCCACCAAUGGAACAGGAGGAGAGAACAUGACAAUUCUAAACACGGCUGAUUGGUUGCUGGGCUGCAGCACUCCGCCCACUGCCCCAAGUACGAAGAACUAUGUAAAGACAGAGCCACUGAACAGCAGUGAAGCCGUGAGCACAGCAGGAGGAGAUGCAGGGCUAGACACUUACACGGGGUCAGUUAUAACCAGUAGCGGAUUCAGUCCUCGUCCUGGACACCAGUACUCACCUCCCCUCUACCCCUCAAAGCCCUAUCCCCACAUCCUGUCCACAUCUGUGGCCCCGCCUAUGUCUCCUUACACUGGCCAAUCCCAGUUUAGCACGAUGCAGCAGUCCACAGUAUAUACGCCUUACUCCCAAACCUCACAACCCUACGGCCUCUCCACCUAUGCAGAUCUGGGGGUGAUGUUACCAGGGAUAAAGACAGAAGGUGGGCUGUCCCAGACACAAUCUACCCUCCAGUCAGGAGUCAGCUACAGCCCUGGAUUCACCACCCCCCAGCCUGGACAGACAGCCUACUCACCUUAUCAGAUGCCAGCAUCAGGGUUUACAACUUCUCCUGGACUGUACACCUCCAAUAACUCUGUUGCCAAUCCGGCCAACUUCAGCACACAACAGGAGUACCCUGCGUACACAGCGUUUGGGCAGAAUCAGUAUGCUCAGUAUUACUCCGCCUCCUCGUACGGCUCGUACAUGACAUCCAACAGCACAUUGGACAGCACAGGUUCCACCUCCAGCUAUCAGCUGCAAGAGCCCACUCCUGUAAUAACAGGACAGGCACCUGAGUUGCACUCAGGUGAGUUUGAGGCCGGACAGAGUCCCUCCACGCCCAUCAAGGAAUUGGAGGAUCGGUCAUGCCGUGGGGGCGGGGCUAAGCCCAGGGGGCGUGGAAGGAAGAACAACCCCUCACCACCACCUGAUAGUGAUUUAGAGAGAGUCUUUGUCUGGGAUCUGGAUGAGACCAUCAUUGUUUUUCACUCGCUUCUCACUGGAUCUUAUGCACAGAAGUAUGGCAAGGAUGCUCCGUUGGCCGUGACCCUGGGAUUGAGAAUGGAGGAGAUGAUCUUUAAUAUGGCAGACACCCAUCUCUUCUUUAAUGACUUGGAGGAGUGUGAUCAAGUACACAUUGAUGAUGUGUCAUCUGAUGAUAAUGGACAGGACCUUAGUACUUACAGUUUUGCCACUGAUGGCUUCCACGCAGCGGCGACCAGUGCCAGCCUCUGCCUAGCAACGGGCGUCAGGGGCGGAGUGGACUGGAUGCGGAAGCUAGCCUUCCGUUACCGAAGAGUAAAAGAGCUGUACUGCACAUAUAAAAACAACGUGGGGGGGCUCCUGGGGCCAGCUAAAAGAGAGGCGUGGCUUCAGCUCAGAGCAGAGGUUGAGGCUCUCACGGACUCGUGGCUCACCACUGCACUCAAGUCCCUGUCAAUCAUCAGCUCCAGGAGUAACUGCGUUAAUGUCUUGGUGACCACGACGCAGUUAAUACCGGCUCUGGCUAAAGUGCUGUUGUAUAGCCUGGGCUCUGCGUUUCCUAUUGAAAACAUCUACAGUGCAACCAAAAUAGGCAAAGAGAGUUGCUUUGAGCGCAUAAUGCAAAGGUUUGGCAGGAAGGUAGUGUAUGUUGUUAUUGGGGACGGUGUGGAAGAGGAGCAGGCCGCUACCAAGCACAACAUGCCUUUCUGGCGAAUAUCCAGCCACUCAGACCUGCUUGCUCUGCACCAAGCACUGGAGUUUGAGUACCUGUAACUCUGUAUCAUAGGUCUCUUUUUGUAUGACUAUUUAAAGAGCAACAGUACACUGCAAUGUCCUGUUAUGUUCUGUUAUGUAUGUCUUUUGUCUUUCUAAUUGUUUCUCUGGCUUGUUGAGAUAACUCUGCACUGUCUUAAAAAGACUUGGGCUGUCUGGAAAAGGGGGCAGGAACAGGCUCUUCAGGAGCUCACAGGUCUUACAUCAAUCACAUGCCGCUGGGCUCCAGUGUGGCGUCCACUACCUUAACGUGACCCGUAAGGAAAAUGUGCUUCAGCCUACAAGCACAAACGAGGCUCCCCAGGAGCUGAGGAACUUCACCCUGUGGUGUUCUCUCCAGAUUCUUCUCCUCUAUAAACAAAUAAGAUCUGUACUCCCAAAAAUCACAGUCUAGAAUAGAUUGAUAACUCAUGUAAAUUAUUUUAUGGUAACUAGUUUUAAACAUUAAAGAUGCUGUGUGUUUGCGAAUGCAUUUUUUUUUUUCCAUUUUGUCUUUUUGUAAGUUUUUGGCAAAGAAGUAUGUGUAUAAUGAUUUGUUGUGCCUUAUGAACUGUUCUGUGUGUUUAUUGUUUAUUUUAAAAAUAUGUAUGUAGAUGAACAGAACAAAAAGAUGAAAGCCUGA